AUGAAGGCCAUUUGGUUGGCGCUUUGCCUGCCAAGCGUCUUCGUGAAGUCCGCCAAGCUGUCGAGGAGCGCCAGCCCGCGGCUCCAGCACGACUCGAGCCAGGCCACGGCCUUUGCGCGGCUUUCCUCCAAGAACGCCGUGGCGCAGAAGCUCCGCAAGUCGCACAAAGAUGCAAACGCUUGCCCAGACAACCAGUUUCCGCCUGUGAAUGUUACUGUUCAGGGAGUUGGUUAUCUGGACGAUAUCCUCUCGGGGGACAUUCUGGGCCAGUUGCAGACCAAUCUGGCUGGCCAUCCUGACUGGGAGAUAGGCAAACCCUGGACAUUGAGCAUGGUGGCCGACUCUGUCGAGAGAGAGAUGGACCGCAAGUUCGGCUUCGCAGGUGGAGAAGGCUUCAAUGUUUUCAUGGUGAAGAAGGCGAGAGUCGGCCAGAAGAUCAGAGUGACAGACAAGGUGAAGACUUUGGCCAUCAGCACGCGUUUAGAGUAUCGUGGGCAAGACCCCAUUACCCUCGAGGGUGCCAUCCAUUUGACAGACAUUUGCCUACGGCCCAUGACUUGCGACGCCUUCUUUCAGCAGCACAAGAAAGAGUGCCUGGAUGACGACCUAUGGAAGCGGAAGUUGAAUCCCGAGCAGGUCACCGGUCACACCAGGAGCAUGUGCUGCGAGCAGAUGAAGUGCGCAGAGGAGGCGCCCUGC